AUGGAUUGCCAGCACGAAAAAAAGGAUCGGCCAUGGCUUCUUCCAUCAAACCGCAAGCUACGGAAUCUACAAGGCAUCUCUGUUCGCAAUCUCUUAGUCACUCCGCCGCCCGCAACGAGAUCUCGCGGAAAGACAAUUGACGACGAUAGCGUCCCAAAUACAUUACAGACGCCUGCAAAAAUCCUCGCGAGCAAGGAAGCCCGGACCGUGCAUCAUUCGCGAUCCGUUACGGAUCUAAAUCGCAUCGCGUCGUGCAGAGAUGCCGGUGACACCAGAGCAGCCAGAGGCGAGGAUGGAAAGCAGCACAGGACGCAAGGCCCUACGAAUCGACGACGAAGCACAUUUCCAUGGUCGGGCGCCGACCCCGGGGUAAGGCAGGCACGGCUCGAGGAUAUUACUGCGAGGAGAAUGGCCGAUACCUGGUUUUCCUUGCAUUGCCCUGGCAUUGAGCGACCCGUCUAUGUGAGCGAAGUUAUUGAAAGAGCGAUGAAUCCCACUUUCAAGAGUUUUGACUUGUCUUCUUCUGGCCCUCUCGUGUCUCGCGCGGACAAUGCAGUGGUGAAUCUGUGGGCAAAGCCGGCAGACACGGCUGAGUACUUCCUGCUCUUGGAGUUUAAGGUGCAGUUUAGGGCGCUUCAAUAUAUAGGGAAGACUCUCGAGAGCUUCCGUCACCCGUUGCCGUUGAACUGUGUUAUCUUCCAUUUUGUCGAUGGCCUUUACACUAUGUUGACGGACAUUGCUCCGAGCGAGCCGUCCACUUUACCUCGGUCACAGGGCAAGACACGGUCAGAGGGGGGUAGUUCCCCCAUUGCCUCCUACGAUACUUUGAUGCGGCUGGUGAACCUUGACGACUGCCUCCAGGAUGCCCUAGCGACACGGGAUAAGCUCGAGGUUCAGAUCAGUUCGGUGUUAGAGGAGAAUAAGGCGUACCUGGAUAUUCUCAAUCAAAAGGCCCAAGCUGAAGAAAGACUGGCGUCAAUCAAGAAGUCCGUGGCACUGGAAAAGAAGAGAUUGCAGCAGUCCUUGAAACAAAAGGAAAGUCUCAUUGCAAGCAUUAAUGCGAGAAAAGCGGCUAUGCAGCAGGGCCGUGAGAGCCAGGAGAAAACUUUGUCGUAUCUCCAGGAAGCCGAGGCUACAAAGACAUCCAGCGAGAAGCUCUUGCAGAGAACCAGAGAUGAAUCAACCGGGCAAAUACGACGUAUCUGCGAAGAUUUGAGUUCCAUUUACCCCAUCGAGCCCAUUCCCGGGAAAGCUCUCGCUUUUACGAUUCUGGGGAUUCCAUUGCCAAAUUCUAAUUUUGAGAACAUCGACAAGGAAUCCGUGGCAGCAGCUCUUGGAUUCACGGCGCACUUGGUCUAUCUCCUCUCGUUUUAUCUUUCCGUCCCGCUCCCUUACCCUAUCCAGCCGUAUUCCUCGAAUUCCUUCAUCCAAGACCCCAUAUCCGUUGGUAUUACGCAGCGGACAUUUCCGCUAUAUCCUGUGAAUGCGCACUAUCGAUUUGAAUACGGGGUGUUUCUACUGAACAAAGACAUCGAAUACCUGUUAAGCCGACAGGGCCUUCGAGUGCUGGAUAUUCGACAGACACUCCCCAACCUCAAAUAUCUCCUCUACCUCCUGACAUCCGCCACAAGCGAGCUCCCCGCAAGAAAGGCUGGUGGAGUGCGUGGGCUUCUCGCCCCAAGAGCGUUGACCCCCGACCUAUCACGGCGACAAAGCACCGAAAGUGUGGCUAGUGGCGAUUCCAGUCUUAAUCAAAAAAGAGUUUGGCAAGGUGGUGGUGGUCCAGCGAUUCUGAUUAACGGCGGCGGGAUGCCGAAGGGCCGACACGGAGACGAUGAGGAUCAACGUUCGGUAACGACGAUGACGAAGGCUACUGCGAGUGGAAUUGGAGGGUAGCGGACGACAAGAGAACCUUGCAUUUCGACCGGGUGGAGUUGAGCGAUCUGCUUUGACGGGAUGAUCAUAACACUUUUUGUGGUGAACGGUGAUCGGAUUGGUCUAGGAGUCUUUGGAAUAUUCUGGCGCAGGCGUGUUGGAAAUAUCCCAGGCCGGGGCAUUUAUGGAGUUGCCUUUUCUUUCUUUCUUUCUUUUUUUUUCUUUUCCAUUUUCCCUUUUUUUAGGGGGGGCCGGGGGAUGAGCAGGUCAGGAUUGUUUCGCUUGGGCCUUCUUUUAACGUUCUUUUUUCUUGUAUUAUCAUUUGGAACGAGCGCUUGGGUUGGGCCUGUGAAAGGGGCCCGGGCUGUAAGAGUAUGUAGUUUCGCCAGGCACCCGGCUGUUUUACCAACGAAUCU